CUCAGCACGACGUGCUGCAGCGUUAUAAACACAUAAAUCGGGAUUACUUUGACUGUACGACUCGGAUAUUUUUCACAAAUUCGUCGCACUACAACAAUGUUGACCAGUGUAAGGAGUGUGGAAAUGCUGACAGGUCCUCAGUGACUGCAGCUGGAGGUCUGUCUCCCCCAGUAGUCUCCUGCACCAGCCUUUGAAGUGAGGCCAGCAGUGUGACCUGCUCCCCUGACAAACACACUCCUCCCUGUACCUACACACACACACAUUGUUUUUCGCUGCCAGCAACAGGGAAAACAGCACAGUAGUGGGAGUUGAAAGGAAGAUCUGCCCAAAGGAAAUAAUUGAACUCUAUAAAUCUUCAGACGGAUUAUUCCACUUAACAGGACUCAAAUAUGGGGAACCAGUUAACAGAAAUCGCCCCCAACACCCCGUUCCUCCCCAGCUUCCAGUCCCUGCAUGUGGUGGUGAUCGGUUUGGACUCUGCAGGGAAAACUUCCCUCCUAUACAGACUCAAACUGAGGGAGUUUGUUGAGACCAUCCCAACAAAAGGCUUCAACAUGGAGCGGAUUAAAGUCCCCAUGGGGAACUCCAAAACCAACACCACCACUUUCCAGGUGUGGGACGUUGGCGGUCAGGAGAAACUGAGGCCCCUCUGGAAGUCAUACACCAGAAGGACGGAUGGGCUGGUGUUCGUGGUGGAUGCAGCUGAGUCAGAGCGUAUGGAGGAAGCAAAGGUGGAGCUCCACAGGAUCACCCGGUCAGCGGAGAACCAGGGGGUUCCUGUGCUGGUUCUGGCAAACAAACAAGACAUGGAUGGAGCCAUGUCAGCAUUAGAGGUGGAGAAGUCUCUGGCCCUCCAUGAGCUCAGCUCGUCCACGCUGCACCACACACAGGGCUGCUCGGCGCUGGAUGGCCAGGGCCUGCAGCCUGGCCUGGAGAAACUCUACGAGAUGAUUCUGAAGAGGAAGAAGAUGCUCAGACACAGCAAGAAGAAGAGAUGAACAGGGGCACGCAGCAGUAGUGGGGUUAAAUGUAACUUUAACCACUACUCUUCUGAGGACCUCCUCAGCGGUCAUGCUCUUGACCCCACUUUGACUUUUGGAAGGAAGCCUGUCAGGCCUUUAGAGGAGUUGGGACCUUUCCAAACAGGUUCAAACUUUGGCUUUGAAGUCUGUUCCAAAUUAUUGAAAGCUUCCUGCAUCUUCUGAACAUUUGGACAGACCUGCUUCCUUUGGGAUUGUUUUGGCUCCUGAGCACUCUUCCCUCUUUUCAUCUCCCACCCUUAAAGGAGCAGAACAAAGAGACACGCAGCUCCAGCGGGACAGUGCAGGGGGAGAGACAGACUUAAAAAAUCUGUGCAAUAUAUGACGAACACUCACUGAUGCACUCACUCCAACAUUGAAGGAUAUUUUGUACCAGAGACUUGCGGGCCUAGCUUGAGUGUAGUUCAUGUUCCUUUCACCAAGUUUAAAUGUUCCACUUCACUGUAAAUCUUUACGUUGCAUGAUGUUCACCCAAACUGCUGCUUGGGAAUAUUAAGACAACACUUUUGUUGAUCAAAAGAAGACUAUCAAUAUUAUUAUUCUAGGUUAGAAGUUUCCCAGUGUUGAGUUAAGUAUGCCAUCAGGACUACAGUAGAGACGGUGCCACAAGUGAAACCAAGGUGACGUUUACAGACUUUGACUGCUGCUUUCAGCCGCGGAAAGUUCAGAUAGUUUUUCACUCUUUACCAAAGUCGUCACAGUUCAGUGUAUUUCAGGGUUGGUUGGCUGGUUAGUUCAAACAAGAAAUUGUUUUUACAUUGUGUACAUAUUGUUUUGUAAAAUGUCAACAAAUGAAUAAAUUAUUGAGCAAU